AUGAGGGUGAAGAGGCGAUCGCGGCACCGCAAGGUGGUUAAGUUCUACUCCACCUGCUUCGGCUUCCGCGAGCCCUACAAGGUGCUCAUCGAUGGCACCUUCGUGCACCACCUCCUCGUCCACCAACUCCUCCCCGCCGACGACGCCCUCCGCGAGCUCCUCUCCGCGUCCAGGGCGCCCCCGCUCUUGACCUCCAAGUGCGUCGUCGCCGAGCUCAGGCGCCUCGGCAAGUCCCACUCCGAGGCGUUCGACGCUGCCCAACUCGUCGCCACCGCCAGCUGUGAGCAUGACAAAGUGGUCAGUGCGGUGGACUGUAUUCUGUCACUUGUUGGUGAUAAGAAUCCGGAGCACUACUUUGUUGCCACCCAGGAUUCUGAUCUCCGGGCAAAGCUACGGGAGGUUCCUUGUGUUCCUGUGAUAUAUGGUCUGAAGAACUCCCUGUUUAUUGAGCAACCCUCUGUGCAGCAACGUCAGUUUGCUCAGUUGGAUGAGGAGAAGCGUAUACAUAUGGAAAAAUCAGAAUUUAAGAAGCUAUUAAAGGCGUCAUCUGAAGGAAAGACAUCCGUCUGUGGAAACGCUCCCGGAGUGGCAGAGAAAAGCAAGUUUAAAAGAAACAGAGCAAAGGGUCCAAACCCACUCUCUUGCAAGAAAAAGAAACCAAAGCCUCAACCAUCAGCUGCUCAAAAUCAGUGCUGUAGUUUCCUACGAAUGAGAAAUAAUGUGACAAUUAAAUCUUAUAUACUCUUAGACAGUGACACUUGCAUAUUCGCUUUUGCUGAUGCUUACACGGACAUUUCAUGGCAACAAGCACUGAUGAGAACUUGCUUCUUUAGGGCCCGAAGACUGAUGGCGAGGCAAAGCGAAAGAGGGUUCGGAAGCGGAAGAGAAGUGCCAAAGGCAGUAGUCAAGCAGAGACAUGAAGCUGAUGGACCUAUGAAGAAGUUGCAAACAGCGGUUGGAUGCGACCUUCUUAGGGGUGCACAAGGCGGUGUUGGUGAAGCCGGUGGUGGCCAGAGGGACUCGAUGCAAAAUCUUAAUCUUCACCGGUUGUCCGACCUGGCUGGACCAUCCGAGAAGAGGACGUUCGUGCACGGUUAUGGAUAG